AUGGUUGAAAUAACGGGAGGAUCAGAAGGAGCAAUAGGGAUUGAUUUAGGAACAACAUAUUCGUGUGUUGCUGUUUGGCAACAUGAUCGUGUUGAGAUUAUUACUAAUGAUCAAGGAAAUAGGACUACUCCAUCUUAUGUUGCUUUUACUGAUACUGAACGCAUGAUUGGUGAUGCUGCAAAGAAUCAAGCUUCCGGGAAUCCUAUCAACACCGUUUUUGAUGCAAAACGUUUAAUUGGUAGGAAAUUCAGCGAUAGCUUUGUUCAAAGUGAUAUGACCCUAUGGCCCUUCAAAGUUAUUGGAUUAAAUGACAAACCCAUGAUUCAAGUCAGUUACAAGGGCAAGGAUAUACAGUUUUCAGCGGAGGAAAUCUCAUCCAUGGUUCUUGUUAAGAUGAAAGAAACUGCUGAAGAGUAUCUUGGUACUAGUGUUAAGAAUGCUGUUAUUACAGUCCCUGCAUACUUUAAUGAUUCUCAACGUCAAGCUACUAAAGAUGCUGGUACAAUUGCUGGCCUUAAUGUAAUGAGAAUAAUCAGUGAACCAACGGCAGCUGGAAUUGCUUACGGUCUUGAUAAGAAGGCAACCAGUGUUCGUGCAAAGAAUGUUCUUAUCUUUGAUCUUGGUGGUGGUACUUUUGAUGUUUCCAUACUCACCAUUAAAAAGGGUAUCUUUGAAGUCAAGGCGACAACUGGGGAUACCCAUCUUGGAGGAGAGGAUUUUGAUAACCAGAUGUUAAGUUACUUCGUUCAAGAAUUCAAGAGGAAGCAUAACAAGGACAUUAGUGGAAACCCAAGGGCUCUUAGGAGAUUGAGAACAUCAUGUGAGAGGGCAAAAAGAACCCUCUCAUCUACUACUCGGACAAACAUUGAGGUUGACGCUUUAUAUGAAGGCGUCGACUUUCAUGCGCCUAUUACUCGUGCUAAAUUUGAAGAAUUGAACAUGGCUUUGUUCAGGAAAUGUAUGGAAUCUGUUGAGAAGUGUUUGGGGGAUGCUAAGAUGAACAAGAGCAGGGUUCAUGAAAUCGUCCUCAUAGGUGGGUCCACCAGAAUUCCAAAGGUGCAGUCCCUAUUACGGGAGUUCUUUAAUGGAAAGGAACUUUGCAAGGGCAUCAACCCUGAUGAGGCUGUGGCGUAUGGUGCUGCAGUGCAAGCUGCUAUUUUGAGUGGCGAGGGAAAUGAGAAGGUGCAAGACUUGGUUUUGUUGGAUGUCACUCCUCUUUCUCUUGGUGUUGAGACAAUUGGAGGUGUCAUGAGUGUGAUGAUCCCAAGAAACACCACCAUUCCCACCAGGAAGCAAGAGAACAACUUCUAUACUACCCAGAACAAUCAAACUAUGUGGUCAAUUAAGGUGUAUGAGGGCGAGAGAACUAUGACUAGUGACAACAACUUGUUGGGUAACUUUACGCUUCAUGGUAUUUCUCCAGCACCUCGUGGUAUUUCUAAGAUGACUUUAUGCUUCGACAUAGAUGCAGACGGUAUACUGACUGUGUUUGCCGAAGACAACACUUCUGGGAGCAAAAAUCAGACAACGAUUACAAAUGAUAAGGGGAGAUUUUCAAAGGAUGAAAUAGAGAGAUUGGUUCAAGAGGCUGAGAAAUACAAGUCAGAAGAUGAAGAUCACAAGAAGAAGGUGCAGUUAAGGAACUCGUUCGAGGAAUACGUAGACAAAAUGAAGAAUAUGGUCAGUGGCAAACGAUCAUCAGCUGGUAAAAAGAAGAUGGAGGAUGCAAUUAACAAGGCCGUCCAGUGGUUGAAUAGCAAUGAAUUAGGUGACUUAGAUGAUAUCAACGACCAAAUGAAGGAAUUAGAGAAAGUUUGCAGGCCUAUCCCAACUAAAAUGAAUGGGCGACCUUCAAAAAGAACUAAAAGAGACUAA